AUGGUGACCCCCUGGCGCUUCUCCGUCAGAGUCUGCUUGUCGCACCUAAGGAGUUUGGAGCUCCGAAAAGAAUUCGGCCUUUUAAGAUCAUCUGGAUGCUCUCGUAAUGCCAGACUCUGUUGGCUUCUCCUUGGUACUUUACCCAAACUUAUCUCAGCCUAUGGGGACACUGGUGAGGGGGCUCCUGAGAGUGUGUGCCGGCGAAGAGCCGGCUGGAGUGACCUGGCUGAAAAUGGGCCUCUGGAGAGAGUCUCCCACGAGGGGCGGCUAGGAUGCCUCUUUCUGCACCUCCGUAUCUGGCUCCGGGCUGGGGCUCUCUUGAUGAAAUUCUUCCCCCUCCUGCUCUUCUACCCCCUCACCUACCUGGCUCCCAGCGUCUCCAGCCUGUGGCUCUACCUGCUUCUGAAAGCCACAGAGACCUCAGGCCCGACAUACAUCAAACUGGGCCAGUGGGCCAGCACCCGGCGCGAUCUCUUCUCAGAGGCUUUCUGCGACCAGUUCUCCAAGCUGCAUGUCCGGGUGACCCCCCACCCUUGGACUCACACUGAACACUUCCUGCGCCAGGCAUUUGGGGAAGACUGGGGGAGGGUCCUCUGCUUUGAGAAGAAGGAACCUGUGGGUUCAGGCUGUGUGGCCCAAGUGUACAAAGCACGUGCCAAUCCCGCCUUCCUGGAGCAUGACAGCGUCCAGAGACUUGCUAAGGCCUCCCGCCUGCAGCCUUCUUUAGAAGCGGGGCCAGUCUGGAGGCUGGGAGAGCUCUUUGGCCCCCCGGGGAAGGGGUGGGGGUUUCCAGGAAGUCUUGCCGACCAGUCAUUUCUAGAAAGGCUGCUUCUCCCUAAAGCUGACCUGGUUGGAUCAAAUGCAGUCGUGUCUCAGUCUUCAGCACCUGCCCACCAACUUGAGCCAGAUCACCUCAUCCCCGUGGCAGUGAAAGUGCUGCACCCUGGCUUGCUAUCUCAGGUGCAGAUGGACCUGCUGCUGAUGAAGAUGGGCAGCCGAGUCCUUGCGCUUUUGCCGGGAAUCAAGUGGCUUAGUUUGCCUGAGAUCGUGGAGGAAUUUGAGAAGCUCAUGGUCCAUCAGAUUGACCUGCGUUACGAAGCUCGGAAUCUAGAACACUUCCAGUGCAACUUCCUGAAUGUGAAUUCUGUCAAAUUCCCCACCCCUCUGCGUCCCUUUGUCACCAGGGAUGUCUUGGUGGAGACGUACGAAGAGAGCGUGCCCGUGUCCAGCUACCAGCAGGCGGGGAUUCCCACUGACUUGAAGAAGAAGAUUGCACGGCUGGGGAUCAACAUGCUCCUGAAGAUGAUAUUUGUGGACAACUUUGUCCAUGCGGACCUCCACCCUGGGAACAUCCUGGUCCAGGGUGCCGACGGUCUUUCCGGGAGUCCAGAGGCACAGCUGCAGCAGGUGGGGGUCUGUGACGCGCUGGUGGGGGCCACGCCGCCUGCCUGCCACCCGCUGCGCCUGGUGCUGCUGGAUGCCGGCAUCGUGGCAGAGCUGCAGGCUGCUGACCUGAGCAACUUCCGCGCCGUUUUCAUGGCUGUGGCGAUGGGGCAGGGCCAGAGAGUGGCCGAGCUCAUCCUGCGUCAUGCCCGGGCCAGCGAGUGCAGGGACGUGGAGGGGUUCAAGGCUGAGAUGGCCACACUGGUGACCCAGGCCAGGAAGAACACCAUCACCCUGGAAAAGCUUCAAGUUUCCAGCCUCUUGUCGAAUGUCUUUAAGUUACUGAUGACGCACAAGGUAAAACUAGAGAGCAACUUUGCCUCCAUCGUGUUCGCCAUCAUGGUGUUAGAGGGGCUUGGCCGCUCACUGGACCCCAAACUGGACAUCCUGGAGGCAGCAAAGCCCUUCCUUCUGAAAGGACCAGCGUCCUCCUGCUGACCGCAGCAGUGGGCAUGCAGUGGGCCUUCGUCUGAGACCUGAAGGCCACUCCCAACCGCCUCUCCUGUGGCAGCUUGAACAUUUUAAAAUUGGGAUGCAUGGAAGGCAUACCAGUAUUUUUCAUUCUGACUUGGUUUCAGGGGUCUGUUUUAAAAGCUUUGGGUUAUUUGGGGAAGUGAAGGGAGGGAAGAGCCCUAGCCAUUCAGUCGUGGAAGCUGGGCCUGGUGUCGGGGAAGACUAUUUCAGGGAAAAUGUUCUGUGGAGAAGGACAAAUGAACUUAGUUAUUUUGUU